UUUAACUGUCUUUCAAGGAGAAGGGAAAGAAUUUCAACCUAAUUGUCUAUAGUAUCAGCUCAACUAUGAAAAAGAGCUACUCCCUCCUCAAACUCCCUAACAUGAACAUUUGGAUUUUCAUUCUCUAAACCAUGGAAACUAGGCAAAAACUGAAUCAUUCUAGAGGUUUACUCUCAAGGAUGUUGGCAUCCCGAGUCCUACGAUGGAAAAUGGUUGCAAACUAGUUAUUACUAGUAGAAAGGUGGACGUAUGCAAGUCCCUUGGUUGUGAAAUAGUUAAAGUGUCUCCUCUUUCAAAGGAAGAGUCUCUGAAUUUGUUCUUAGAUAACGUGGGAAGAUACAUUCUACAAGUUCCAAAAUUGGAAGAAAUUUGGGAGGCCAUGGUGAAGGAGUGUGCUGGACUACCCUUGGCUAUUGUUGUAAUAGCUGGGAGCAUGAAAGGAGUAACUGAUGUCUAUGAGUGGAGGCAUGCUUUAAAUGAAUUACGUGAACGUGUAAGAGCUACAGCCGAAGGUUCAGAAGAUGAGAUAUUUGAGCGAUUGAAGUUCAGCUAUGAUCGUUUGCAAGAUUCAAAUAUCCAAAAUUGUUUCUUAUCUUGCUUACUAUAUGCUGAAGACUAUCAAAUUAGAAAAGAUGAUUUGGUCGAACAAUGGAUUGAUGAGGGACUUAUUGAAGAAUCAGGGAGUAGACAAGCAAUGCUUGAUAAAGGACGAACCAUAUUAAAUAGGCUUGAAAACAGUUGUCUGUUAGAGAAAGCUUAUUAUGAGGACAGUAUUAAAAUGCAUGAUGUUGUGAGAGAUAUGGCAUUGCGCAUCGCUCAUCAAGUUAUGGUGAAAGCUCGUAUAGGACUGACAAAGAUACCAGACGAGCAUAAAUGGACUGAAAAUCUUGAAAAGGUUUCCUUGAUGCAAAAUGAAAUUUCAAAUAUUCCUCUAAACAUGUGCCCAUAUUGUCCCAAUCUCACAACCUUGAUGUUGCAAGGGAAUAGCAAAUUGACCCAAAUUCCGGAUCAAUUUUUUGCAAACAUGCAAGGGAUUAAGUGUCUAAAUCUUUCUAGAACUAGCAUUGAAAGUCUACCUAGUUCUAUCUCUAAUUUGGAGAAUCUUACUACAUUGCUCUUGCAACAUUGUAGGCAAUUAAAACAUGUGCCUUGCUUAGCAAAGCUUAGGGCAUUGAAGAAGUUGGAUAUGUGUAAGGCAGGAAUUGAGGUGGUCCCUGAAGGCAUUGAUAUGCUUGUAAACCUCCAAUAUCUUGAUUUAUGGUGUCCAGAAUUGGUGGAGCUAUCAACAAGAAUACUUAGUAACCUCUCCCACCUCCAACACUUGGCAGUAUAUUCCAAAUGGACUACUUUAAGGAUAAAAGGAGAAGAAGUAAGAGGAUUGACGAAGUUGGAGACUUUUCAAGCUCAAUUGUAUGACCUGCAAGACUGGAACAAUUAUGUCAAGUCUAGCCAUUUUAAUAGAUUGAGUAGCUACAGCCUUGUGGUUGGACAAGUGGAGAACGGCUUUCAUCCUAAUCUUUCUUUGUCUAAAGUAAUAAGUUUAGGAGAAUGUGAGAUAGGUGGACAAGAUAGUGUGGUGCUUCCAGAUGACAUGCAGGAAUUGUGGAUUUAUAGGUGUAGAAAAUUUAGAAGCUUAAGUGAUAUUUGUUCUCUCCAAAAUACAACUAAGUUGAGAAGCUGUUUGGUUAUUGAGUGUGAAGAGAUAGAGUGUGUGGUUGACAUGGUUACAUCAUCAUCAUCUUUCAUUAAUAACCCUGAAGGGCUAGUGCCUGAUAAGUUGCCUAACUUGAGUGUUGUCGCGGACGUGGAAGGAGCAAAAGCAACACCGCCUCACAUCUUUUCCAAUCUUAAAAGCUUUUGGAUGAGGGGAUGUUCUAGAAUGAGGAGGUUGUUUCCAUUUGAGCUGCUACAAGGCCUCCAAAACUUGGAGUCUAUUUUAGUUUGGGAUUGUCAACAAAUGGAGGAAAUAAUAGGAUGGGAAGGAGAAGAGGAAAAUCACACAGCUGAUACAACAACAACUUCUAAAUUCACUCUUUCAAAAUUAAGAGAAUUGAAUUUGUGGGAUUUACCAGAAUUGAAGAAAAUCUGCUCCACAAGAGGAGUAAUGGUCUGUGAUUCUCUCCAAGAAUUACAAAUAAAAGAAUGUCCAAAGUUAAGGAGGAUUCCCCUGGGAGGGAAUGUGCCGCCAUCUCCUCCUACUGCUCUAAAAAGAAUCUGGAUAAAGCAAGAAUUGUGGGAAUCACUGGAGUGGGACGAUCCCAAUGCCAAAAAUGUCCUUCAACCCUUCGUGGACGUCCUUUGAGGACCGCAAAUGGAAAACUUUGCAUCAAAUCAAAUGGCUGAGAUCCAAUACCACUGGUAUGGCUUCUUUUCUUUUCUUAUUAAUGUUUAAACUGCAAUAUUUCACUGUUGUUUCUUUUUUCCUUCUUUUUUUUUGAAAAAUAUCCUUUAUUUUUCUUAGUCAUAUAUUCACUGUUGAAACCAAAUAUUUUCGAGCCAAAUAUUUUCGGGGUUCAUAUAUAUAGAUCGAUCUUGUGGUUGAUGCUCUUAGCCAUCAUUCGAUUCAAUUCUCUCAUAACCAUUAAUAUGUAAUUAAUUCAUCUUUCAUCUAGUGUGAAAUGCAUUCAUAACUAACUGAUCUUGUGUGAAUUGAUUUUGAUCAAAUUGGUUGUUGUUGUCAUUUAAUUGAUCUAUUGUGAUUUGUGAGAAAGAUUGUCAAGUUUAUAUGAUUUUUGGGGGUUUGAGCGCAACAAGUCCAGGAAGAUUUGAGCUUAUUUUUGGUUAUGCACAUUAGGUGUUCGAUGAAAUGCUUGUGUGGGGAUAUGGGUUUGUUUUCUGGAAUGUGUUUGCUAGGAUAGGCUACAUAGAGAAGAUGGGGCAGGGUAUUUUAGGGUGAUAUACCAUAUAUGUUUUCAAGUUGAGAAUCUUUGUAAUAUGUGGAUUAGAUUACUCGUUAAACCUUAUACUCCUCUUUUAUUGAUGAUGAAUGGCUUUGUGGGAACAUGUUGUGUAGGUCAAGUCUGCAUCUUUGUUCAUCCUGUGAAAAGGAUCUCAUCUUGGAAUGGGCAGGAAAUUAAACCAAAACAAAUGGGUGGAUUUCAC